AUGGCCAACCGGCAGAUCACCAGACGUAUUCUAAUCACCUCAGCGAUAGCAGUAUUUGUUUUAUUCGUCCUCUUCAUUCGACCCCAAGGGCCGCCCAGUCCCGCCCUCCGGGCUCCCGGUCACAUCGAUAAAUCUGCGCCGGCCGUGACAGUCAAAGAUGAUUUGCUGAAGGGAGAGGUGAUCAUGCCCCGGCUGGGGAAUGAGACUGCAAAAGCGGAGUUGGGUCGUGCGACCUGGAAAUAUUUCCAUACCAUGUUGGCUCGGUAUCCAGAAGAACCGACGGAAGAGCAACAGGAAACAUUACGCUCGUUUAUUCUGCUCUUUGCGCGGCUUUAUCCUUGCGGUGAAUGCGCCUCUCACUUUCAAAGUCACCUGAAGAAAUACCCGCCACAAGUAUCUUCAAGGAACGCUGCUGCAGGCUGGGGCUGCUUUAUUCAUAAUGAGGUCAAUGCGAUGCUAGGGAAACCCGAAUUUGAUUGCAACAACAUCGGCGACUUUUACGAUUGCGGUUGCGCAGAGGACGAGAAGGCAGCAGGCCAUAAAGACAAGUCUCAGGCUGAGAGUCAGGGUCUGCAUCACAAAAAGGAUCGCGAAGCCGACGCUAUUACGCCUGUCGAGAUACAUAAGGAGCCGUCAGUAGUCCCUCAAUAUUUCACAUAUCAGCUGCUGACGGAACAUCACAGAACUACUCGGGGCUGA